AUGGAAUGUGUGGAAGAAGAUGGAUCAAAUACGUGCCAAUGCGUGGAGGGAUACGUAGCAGUUGGUGAUGCUUGUAUUCAGCAGUGUGAAUUGAUUCAUGGCUGCUAUGAGUUGAGUGACUUCAUCGAUGAGCUCUUCGGCAUGCUCAACGACUCAAGUUCUUUGGACAUCAUAUCGAACUUGACUUCAGCGAUUGAAGGUGAAAAAGAGUUGUCAGGGGAGGAGAUCGAAGAUAUUGUGGAUUUUCUCGACCCGCUUUUCGAGAACUUUUUGAAAAACCUGAGCGGAGAUGGUCGGCACAUGGAGAGUGCUCGGAUGUUUCUCACGAACUUCACAGUGGUCACGGAUUAUGUUCUCAGAGCUGGCACCGGAUGGAUGGAUAUUGCUCAGCCAAACCGAACAGAGACUUUCUCAACCCUCCUAACGACAGUCAGCCAUUACUGUCUUCGACUGUCGGAAAAGCUCAUUUCGGAGUUUCAUGAGCAACUUGAGUUUGCAGAGGAAAAAUCGACAUUUCUUAUCGAAAUCUCUGGGCAAAAGAAAGGAGUCGUAAACCCACUCAUUUUCCCCAGUGCAGAACAUGAGAGCAGAACGUACUUGAUAUUGCCCAGGACAUUUCAAGAUGAUUUGGAUGGCGACUAUUUCUCUUACGUCGGGGUCUUGUAUAACAUUCAGGAUGUGAACCAACUCCUGCCUGGUCAUCGAAAUGUGUUGGAAGAACAGAAAACAGUAAAUUCUAAACUUUUGAGUUUAACCUUCGAAAUCGAUCAAACUACGAAACUCAGGAAUAAUGUCACUCUCGUCAUGGAAAAUUUGGACGCUCCUCGAGACCCGCCGUACCAUGACAUUUGGAGAGACCUUCAUGAAGGAGAGGAACCAACAUUUGUGCCUCUAUCCCAUCGCUGCACCUUCUGGAAUUUCAAUAAACAAGGUUAUUGGGACACGACUGGCUGCCAUGAGGUGUCUUCUGACAGGGAACAAACAAUCUGUGAAUGCAACCAUCUGACCAACUUCGGAGUUCUCAUGGACCUACACGGUUAUGUUGGACGUAGUGUGGCGCUAGAAGCCCUCACCAUCUGCCUAUCUUCUGUCUCCAUCCUCGGACUCACUCUUGCCUUGAUCAUUUUCCACGUUACAAAGUUUAAGAUGAGCGGGUAUGAUUUGAAACGCUCAGAUAAUUCCAAGUCAUUUAUAUACUUCAACACUGGUGAUUCUGAGCGACAGAAGGAUGUACCAGCUCUGCCAGCUGUCUCGGAUCAUCCUGUUCUACCACCAUCCUACAAGGUGACCUUUGACAACGAUCGAUACCUGCUCGGUGAUGAGACUAGUUCCCGGAUGUUGCUGUUCGCGACCAAUGAGAAUAUGCAGCAUCUAUCUCGCGCUACCAGAUGGUAUUCAGAUAUCGGUUGUGCCCUGUCGGGAGUACUACUUCACUACUUUUUCCUCUGUGCCUUCAUGUGGAUGGCCUUGGAGGGCAUCUUCAUCCAUCAGCACCUUGCCCAGGUGUUCCCAACUAACUACAACCUCUCCGCUCGGAUGUACUUGAUCGUCGGAUACGCUGUUCCUUUUGGGAUAGUUGGCAUCACGGCUGCUGUUUCCUUUGGCACCGACACUCAUGGAUACGGAGAUGGAGAGUUGUGA